AUGAUCGGGAGCGUUAUCGUUCUGUGCAUCGUCGGAUUCGUGCUGUGGCUGCUGCUCAAUGCCGGGACGGGCUUCGCAGCGACCAAGCUCGAGUUCCUGGAACCGGACGCGCCCGACAGCAGCCACGGCGGUCCAGGCGAGCGCUCGAGGCUUAGGGUGCGGUACGGGCCGCUGAGCCUCCGUGCAAAGCAUGUCCUCCUCGCGGAGAAGAGCCUCAAGAUUGUCUCCGGGUUUCUCGUCGGCCUGUACCCGGUGGAUGUCACGCAGUUCAUCAAGGCCUGGUGGAAGAGGGAGGAGAGGGAGAGGCUCGAGCCGAAGCUCAUCAUCCGGCUGGUCGGGGUGCGCGUCGCGAUCAAGGGCAACGGCAUCGACGACUGGGAGAAGCAGGCCGAGGCGAUGGCGGCCGGCAUCGAAGGCGUCAACCACAACCAGGCCAAUCUCCUUACCGCGCUCAUCGACAAGACCACGCCCGAGGAGGGCGUGCCGCCGAGCCACAUCUUCAGGCUGGUGGACGCUGUCAUCAACGCCGUCGACGUCGAAGUCGAGGGGUUUCACCUUAGCCUGGCAUCAGCAAACCACAAGGACACGCCGGAGGAGGGGACGCAGCCUGAACAGCAGGACGCAAGCGGCAUCAGGCCAGCAGCAGCAGCGGCAGCAGCGCCCGCUGCCUCUGGCGGCAUCGCUAGCAGCAGCCACGGCGUGGGCUCCGAGUGGGUCCUCGGCGUGAAAUUCGACCGCUUCCGCCUGUGCAAGAAGGCGCAUCCCUCCGAUGAAACCCUCGGCGUGACGCCCCGUACGCUCAAGGUGAAGUCGUUCAACAUGUACUACGACACCGACGGAACGCCCGUCCGCCGACGCAGCAGCUUCAACAAGCCUCACAACCAACAACGCGCGAGCGUUGGUAGUCCGCCUCCCGCCGCGCCCGGCGCGACCGCCGUUGUUCGGGGAGACGACGACCCUGAGCUCUACAUAGAGGACGGGGCGUCGCCGCUCACGUCCGGUGUUCUCGGCGGCAGAGACGGCGGAGACGGCCUGCGGCAGCCGGACGACCACAACAGCCUCCUGAUGGUCGAGAGCAUCGGCGGGACGCUCUUGUUCCCGGACCUCAUGUGCGUGCUUCUCGGGGUCGGGCGGCAGCCCGGCGGGAAGGGAAAGAUCCUCGCCGUCGACUUCGACCAGAUGAGGGGCGUCGUGGUCGAGCUCGAGCCGUUCCAGGUGUUCAGCCUCCUGAACGACGCCCUGCCGCUGCUGGCGCUGAUGGGGCCCUACGCGGAGUGGUGCAGCAACGCGCGCCUGCAGUGGCACAAGGAGGCGUUCGCGCGCCGGCCGGGGGCGGCGGCGGCGGGCGGCGUCCCGGCCACCCCGGAGGAGCUCGAGAAGUACGCGGAGGCGCUGGGCUCGCUCCCGGACGGCGACGGCGAGAAGAAGUACAAGGGGGACGCCGCCGAGCUGCGGAAGCUCGACAAGAACAUGUCGCUCUCGCAGAUCAUGCUCACGAGGAUGCGGGUCCGCAACUGGGACGCGACCCGCCCGGAGCGCGUCAUGCUCGUGGCCAACCUUCUCCUGAACUCGAUCGACCCUUUCCAAGGGGUUCCGCCGGAGGGGGCAGCCGCGGGCGACGGCGGCGGGGGCGCCGAGAGCGACGAGGAAGCCCCGUCGAUCUCAUCGGGGCAGAGCGAGGCCCCGCUGCCGUCGCUGCCGACCGACGGGCCCGAGGAGGACACCCGGCUCGAGGCUCUCCUGUACUACGCGGCGCAGGAAUCGGCAUACGCAGGCGCGGAGAACCCCGUGCUGAUGGAGAUCGACAUCCGCAUGUCCGCACAAGACGUGUCCCUGUUGGUGUACCACCCGCCCUGCGACAACAACAAAAGCGCGGGCAAGAGUAAGGCCAGUUCGCGCGAGGUCGACCUCGGCCAAGGCGGCGACGACAACGACAGCAUCUUUGCCGGCAGUUCCGACGGCGGCGAUGACGGUAGCCUCCCCGAGAUGGACCAGCUAUCCAGGCAGCACAGCGGCGGCUCGGUCAAGCUCGGCGGCGACGACGGGGAGCUGGCGACCGAGGAGGCGUUGCGCCUCAGGGACAGCCUUCAACUGCCGGCUCUUGCUGCCUCGGUGGCGAUAAACGACUUCAAGUUCGGCUUCAACAUGCUGAUGGGUUCCGUCGCCGCGGAGGCCGCCACCACUCCCUGCGCGGAAGGGGCAGGAGAAGGAGGACCGUCCCCCCUCCCCGCCGGCGCCGCGGCCGGGGCCGGCGAACCCGAGGAAGAAGGCCCCGUGCAGCUCCACACCUUCUCCGGCACCCUGUUCCCGGACGCCCUUCCCAUCCGCCUGUACAAGCCGUCCCGCCUCGGGCAGGGCGCGGACCUCCGGGUCGAGAGCUUCGGGGACAACGACGAGGUCGGCGACGGCGUCGCGGGCAUGAGCCUGUCGCUCGUGCUGGGCGGGACGCGCGUGACGGACUUCGGCGCCCUAGAGGACGGCGGCGUUCUGCCGACUCUCAUCGGCGGACCGGCGGCGGUGUCCGCCGCCGGCGAUGGGGAUGACUCCCACGCGGCGGGGGGGACGACCAAGGCCACCCUCGCGCUGUUCGUAGGGGGCCGCCUGGAGGCCGGCCUGGACUUCCAGAGCUGCACCGUGGUGGCCCUGCCGGGCAGGAUCAUGGCCAUCAUCGACGUCGUCCUGGCUUGCCUCAUGGGGCCGCCGGCCGCCCGCGAGGCGCAGGAGCUGAACGCCCUGGAGGAAGAGGUGGAGGCGGAGGAGGCGGAGGAGGCCACGGGCGGCGUCGGGACCACGGAGGUGGUGGACGCCAGGUGGAAGGCGAUCGACAAGGACUCGCGCGACGCGCGCACCAACGUGGUCAUGGCCCAGUGUUCGGCGUUGGCGUUGGACAUGAAGAGCGGGAGCGCUUUCGAGGCCCUGGCGGUGAGCGUGUGCGACUUUUCGGUCGCGCCCUGUGUCCAGCGGCCGGAGGCCUCCGACGCGGCCAUCGUUUCCUGCGGACGGCUGCACGAGACGGGUGUAGCGAUCGCUCUCCGCGGGCCUCUGCCCGAGCUGCUCGAAGUCAUCCACAGAGGGUUCCCUCUCAAGGACCUGGACCUGUUCCCCAUUCCGGAGAGACGAAUCAUCCUCCCGGUGAAGAUGAAGAUCAAGUACUCCACCUACGUUGCCCUGACGGCCGGAGACACCCUCGAGGCUUCUACCGCUACCCUGGUGACGGACAUGGUGCAGCGCAACAGCGAAUCGGACCUCGCGGCCAUGCACACGGCAGAUGUGGAGAAGCAAGAGCUGGCGGUGACUGCGCUGUCGGGGGGAGAAGAGGACCAAGCAGGCGGUGGCCCUACUUCCGCGGCAGCGGAAACCGACGGCAACACCACCGACAGCGCUACGGCUAGCGAGGUCCAGUCGGGUUGGCACGUCAAGAUGGAAGUCCAGCUGCACGUCAGUUCGGGGCUGUACGUGAAGGUCACCGACCUCGACAUCGCGGUACUGCAGGGCAUCGCGACGUCGCUCAUAGCGUCCCUCGGCGUCGGGGAGGCCGCCCCCCCCGCCGCUGGCGGAGCCCCCCCCGCCGCCGCAAGCGGCCAGUCGGCCGCUGGGAAGUCGCUGACGUUCGCGCUGGACAAGGCGCAGCGGCGCAUGGUGGCCAGUCUCCGGCAGGCGUUCCGCCUGGCGGAUGUGAACGGGGACGGAAACCUUGACCGCGCAGAGGUUGAAGCGCUCCUGAGGCUCAAUCUUCAGGGCCAGAACCUGGACCCCACGCAGACCGAGGCGGAAGUGCUCCAGUUCAUUGCACUUUUGGACGCAGACGGCACCGAGACCCUGGACAUCGACGAGUUCACGAGCACCAUGAUGCGGUUGAUGACGGACGGCCCCGACGAGGUUACCCUCGCGCGUGCCCGGCGGCAGGCGCUGACGAAGGCCUUCGACGAGGCCGACACCGACGGGUCCGGCUCCCUCGACGCCGGCGAGAUCUUGGAGCUCCUCAAGAGCUCGGACCCCCUCCGCACUCAUUCGGAGUUGGACAGACAGGUGAGUGGUUACAUCGAGGCCGUCGACGUGGACAACGACGGCCAGCUGGACCUGGAGGAGUUCAUAGAGCUUGUCCAGAGCAUGCGCGAGGGGGGUGUUCACGAGGGGCCGCUCGAGCCCAAGGCCGAGGAGUUCCGAUCCUGGGAAGUCAUCAAACCGAUGCUCGAAGGUUACAAGACUCUGCCCGAGCUCCUGGCUGCGCGGCCGCCGGACUACUCCCCCCCCGGAUUCUGGGAGCUGUUUGAGGCCGAGACCCACGCGACGAAGAGCGGAUCAGCCGGACAGCUCGCGGAAGCUGUGCAGGCGAAAAUGGUCAAGACCUUCGAAAACUACGGCUUUGCCGGCGACGCCUGGUCGUUCCUCGUGGCGCCGGCCUGGUACCCCGGCGUUGUGCGCGUCGGGUCCCUCGCUGUCGCUGGUGGCGAGGCCGGUGGCGGCGGCGGCGGCGGAAGAUCGAAGGCCGUCGGUCCCCAGCAGAUACCGGCGCCCGUGCGACCCGGUGCGCUCGUGUACGCGCAGGAGCACGCGUCUAGCUCACGCCGGGCUUCCCCGCCCCCCGGUGCCCUGUCGGGCAUGAGAAUCCAAAGGCUGCCGGAAGAGCUGGCGGCCCCGCCGGCGACCCCGCCGGCUGUAGACCCCCUGUUGCUGUCGACGCCGCCGCCAGCGGAGAAGUACGCGACCGGCGUCAGGCUCCCCGCGCCGGGGGGAACGGGCCGGAGGCGCUCCAUGCGGGGGGGGGCGUCGUCGGCGUCCCCGCCGGGCGUGAGGAUGGAGAUCGACAGGCCUUGCACGUUGCUGGUGUGCUUCCACGACGAGCACGCCUCGGCGGGCGCCGGGGCCGGCGCCAAGAGCGGCGUUGGCGGUGAGGGGCAACCCAGGCUCACCGGCGCGCGGAGCACGUCUUCUACGUCGUCCGGCGGUAGCAGGCUGGAUGUCCCGAAGUGGGCGGAUGAGAUGGGACUCCGCAGGACCGGCAUGCACAUUGAUACCGUCCUCCCGGGGGACGGAGACAGCGCCAGCACCACCGCGCACGUGUACCGGGUCUUCUCGACUCCGAUCGCCGCCGGCGCCGUCGAGCUCGGCCCAGGCCUCCCGGGGUCGCUGCCGUACUUCGUCCUCCUCUACGGAGGAAACCACCUCACCCGGCGCACGUCUCGGACCCCCCACGGCCGCCUGGCCGUCCAGCGGCCGGUGCGGGCGGUCACCGACAGCGGUCGCGGGGGCCGGCGCGUGCUCCGCUCGCUGUUCCGGAAGCACAACCUCGCCUUGGGGGGCAGCGGCAGCGGCGGCGGCCGCGGUGGCAGCAGCAUCAACAGCCUCAGCCGCCAGAGCCGCGGGAGCUCGGCGGGGGCGGUGGUCUCGUCGUUAGACCGGGGGAUCAGCGGGGAGAGCUUCGAGAUGACCCCGACGACGGCGGUGGAGGGUCUGGGUCCGGCGGCUCCGCCGGAGAGGCGCACGAGCAUCGUCAGCAUCGCUGACAGCGUCGGCCCCGCGGCCACGGCGGCGGUGGUGAACGGAAACCCUUCCUGGCAGCUGACGCCGGAGUACAGCCUGGGCGGGGCCACCCGCGGCGUUACCUCCAUCGGCGCCAAGGCCGACAAGAAUGCCAAGAUGGCGGCGAGCACCGCGAUGAAGAUAGCCGCGAUCUCCUCGGCGGGGACCACGGCGGCCAACGCGGCCAGCGGGGCCGGCGGCGGGGCCGGCGGGAUCGAGGUCGCCAAGAAGCCGAGGGUCCGGCUGAAGGUUACCCUGCUCUGCGAGCACGGCAUCUUCGUGCAGAUGGACGACAUCCACCGGCUGGAGAACACCCCUUCCGACGACUCCGCGGCGCCGACCUUCGAGCUCGCCCUUGGGGUGCCGUGGCAAGACCGCGGCGGCGGCGGCGGCGGCGGCAGCGGUACCAAAAACGCCAAGUCUCCGUCGCCGUCGCCGGGGAGCGUGCCGUCGGCGGCGGCGGCGGAGGCGUCGCCGCCCUCUACGGAGGCGUUGGCGGCGACCCUGGACUUCGAGCACGUGGCCUCGUCGGAGAUCCUCGGGGACGAGGACAGCAUGUGCAUGGACGCCGCGUUCGGCAUAGAGGGGAAGUACUUCAACCCCAGGGUGCACCAGAGUGAGCACUUCAUCGAGCCCUGGAGCAUGAGCAUUCAGAUGAGCGACCCUCGCGGAGAGUCGACUCCCCGAGGUCAGAUGAUCGCCGACCAACACUUCGUGCUGAACGUUACGACCGGCCUUACCUCGCUAGCGUGCAGCAUCAUGGAAUCGCGAGACUACGCCAAGACGAGGUACUCGACGACGUCGGUGUACACCGAGCUGAGAGACGGCAACGACGGCGACGACGGCACACGCCUCCUCACCAUCGAGAACCACCUGGGCGUUCCCGUCAGGGUUACCCUUGAGGACGACGCCUCGUCAUCAGGGGCGGCGGCGCGUGAGAAGGGUAGGCCGUUCGGCUUGAAGAAGGCCGGGAGGCCUGCCGCCGCACCAGAGGCACCGGCAGACGCCACGAGCGGCAACUUCUGCCGGAUCGCCUCCACGCUGUACGAUCAACAAGAAGGAGGGGGAGAGGACGGACCGCCCUCGGACCGCGUCAGCGUGGGCGAGCUCACCGUGCCCAACGCCAAGAUGGCGCUCCCCACGGCGACGGUGACCAUCAAGGCUAAGGGCUUCGAACCGGUGACGGGGGUCCCUCUCGAUCUUCUCGGCCGCGGGACCCACGUCUACAGGAUGACGAGAUCAGGGCCAACUUCACCCUGCCCACAUACCCGCAGGAUCGUCGAGGCCGCCGUGUACGCGGACCACCACCAGGGGCGCGGGCACCGCGCCUCGAGAUCCAUCCGCAAGCGCAAGGACAAAGUCAAGGGCGCCCUCAAGACGUCUUCCCGCAGGGGCCCCGUCGACGACGACGUCGACGACGCCGGUGGCCGUAUGGGCGACGCGGAGAAGCACGCGGUGUCCUUCUCGUCGUUCCGCUGGGGCAGCCGGGGCAAGUUCGGGGACUCUCCGCGCCGCGAGUACCGGACCGAGGACGUCGGGCGGCUCAAGGACCUCGUCGGGGCUAAGCGCAAGGGCGGCGGCGGGGAGACGGUGCGCCUGAAGGUGGAGUGCCUGAGGCCUCCCGACAGCGUGGUCACUACGUUCGCGGGCCUGGUGCUGAACAUCAUCGACAGCACCCCCUCGGGGCCGUCGGAGCUGGCGGCGUUUACGGUGGACAACUUCGAGUUGGGAAAGCCUUCGGGAACUCCCGGGGUGACGGUGUCGGUGUGGCACUUCCAGCUGGAUGACAUGCGGGCAGAUUCUCCCCACCCGAUUAUCCUGGCACCGCAAUGCACCGGGUUUAACAGCCACCUCACCAAGGUUCACUACAACGGGCUUAGCGGUUCGCCCGCCUUCAGGGUUGAGGUGGAGCGCGACGUGGAGGUGUCCCUGACGCAUCACAUGUGGGUCAUCCGCUCUAUCGAGAUGUGCCUCGGGAAGGUGCACUGUGCGGUGCAUGUCGACUUCUGGAUCGAUGUACAGGAUGUGGUGUUCGCCUCGCUUAACUGGACCAACUCGUCGCCAGCGGAGGCGCGGGCGCGGGCGAUCGCGGACACACAAGGUGUCGUGGGCAACCUGCUCCAGGCGCCGGCCGCGGACGCUACCGUGGACAGGAUCUACAUCGGCGAGUACUUCCAGGAGGAGAUCGAGGUGGCGGUGGACUUCCACUUGGGAACCAAGGUGGCUGCCCUCCUGUCUUCCAAGCCCCCGGCCGACGGCGACGAAGAGAAGGACGAGGGCGGCUUCGGGGCCUCCCUCGCGAUGAUGCCCCUGGGUGCGGUGGGCGGGGUCGUGUGGGGCCUCCUGUCGAGUUUCGGGGCAGGCAUCGCCAACGCGUCGCCGACCUUCAACUUCGACGCUUACGAGCUGGAGCACUACUACGGCAGCAAGACCCAGGCGGUGACGCUUGUGGUGAUGAGCUUCGUCAAGCAGGGAGUUGUACAGGCGUACAAGGUCCUGGGACACAUCGACAUCUUGGGGGACCCGCUGUCGCUGGGCAUGAACAUCUCCAGCGGGGUAAUCGGCUUCGUCACUAAGACGGGUGCCGGGCACAUCGGGGAAGGUUCCAAGGACCUCGUCAAGGGGGUCGUUGGCGGCACGGCUAGCAGCGCCAGCAAGAUGACGGAUGCGCUCGACAACUUCGUGCGGGAGGCGGGCUGCAUGGACGCGGAGGCGCCUAGCGGCAUGGAGUCGACUAAGGCUCCAGAACACUUAGGCCAAGGCCUAACCCAGGGCAUGAUGUACUUCGGGCACACGGUCAAAGACGGGAUCACUGGCGUGGUGAUGAAGCCCGUCCGGGGCGCGAGGAAGAACGGCGCGGCUGGGUUCGUGAAGGGUGUGGGCCAAGGCGUCGUCGGACUCGUCGCCGCGCCUGUUUCAGCCGCCCUCGGCGCGACGAGCAAGAUUACGGCGGGCAUCGACGCGACGACCCGCCUCCUCGACGACGAACCGAUGGGCCGCCGGCGCGAACCGCGGCACCCGCUGGGGCUCGGGGAGCGAGACGACCGCGACAGGCUCAAGCAGGAGCUCAAGAAGGCCCGGAAGAAGAAGCGGCGCGACAGUGCGGCGGAUGCCGAUCUGGAAGAUGUCGGCUCCGACGGCGGUGGCGGCGAUGGAGAUGAUGUCGUCGUCCCUAUCGACACUAAGGCGGAGGCCGGCGGUAUGGGGCUGCUGCUGGUGCCGCUCACCCCGGCCGAAAUGAGAACCAACUAUCCCGAGGAGUACCUCGAGCGCUGCCUGGCCGACAUGGCGUCUCGGGCUGGCGCCGUCGCGAUCGCCGACAAGCUUGAGGCAGAUCUGGCCCGCUUCAAGGAGAACCUAGCGAAGAAAAGCGACGAGGAGACGGCGGCGCUGACCACCGUCAUCGAGAACGAGGACGGUGUCGGCGGUGGCGCCGAGGAGAGCAAGGGGGAGGAAGUCGGCGGCGACGAAAGCGAGGAAGCGUCACCGGUGGUUGAGGCUGACUAAUGGGGCGGCGUGUUUUGGGGUCCGUAGGUCGAGUUCAUGGGGGAGGGGAUGGGGGGCGUUUCGAUGAGAGUAAUUGAGAGCUUGCGGCAGUUGGCACGAAGCGCUUUCGUUCUUCUUGCUCAACUAGAAACGAAACAAGUCCACGUCGCGUUAUUAUCACCCACAUUUCGCGUCUGCAUCGCCCAUGCUUUUUGCGGAGUGAGGAGGGGGAGGGUAAAGUGGAAUGCUUUUCCGUUCUACAGCGUGUUGGUGGUUGGUUGGUUUAUUUCCGACUAAGCCACCACACGUUUUGCGUUGUUUCUUUCGGGCCGUUUGCCCUACGUUUUUAAUCUUUUGUUUUCUAGCGGAUGCGCAUCGCAUUGGAAACCCUGCGUCAAUUUGGGCCGUUUCCCUGCGUUCUUAAUUUCUUGUUGUCUUUCUUGUCGUCGAGCGGAUGUGCAUCGCAUUGGAAACCCUGCGUCAAAGAUCGCGUUCGACAUUCGUGUAAGCCGGGUGUGCAGUGUAUCGCUUCCUCCGUUGUUUUUUACGGAGACACCCUUCCUCUGUGUUUCUUUUUCCUAGACGUUGUGCAUGUAUCAGGUGGG